AUUUUGAUAAACACAGUACAGUGUUAUGUAGGGAUAUAGGGGGAUGUACUGUAGGGAUAUACUGUAGGGAUAAAGACACACGAAGACUUUCACCAGCUGGUGAAUGAGUGAAGCUGAUUGGUUGCAGCAUCUUUGUUUAAAAACAAAACCGAGCACGCGGAAGAUGCGACACGUGGUAGACCCCGCAGAUAGUCAAUACACCGCCGUCUCACUUAAUGUUGCCAUGACAACCGUGUCAAACAGUGACCCUAUUACGCGGUAACGAUCUCCAGAUCUCAUCACCAACAAUUUGUUGAGGAGUAGAACGAGUGUUUAUUUUAAGGGAGCGGGCAGCCCUUGUCACUGAGCGAUGGAGAACACCGAGGAGCUCCCGCGUGAGGAGCUGUUAGAGAUGUUAUCCUUUCUUGAAGAUAUUAAAACCGAGGCAGUCGAACAAGAACCCGACAGCAGUGCGGGAGCUACGGCUCCCCCUGUCGGUGGAGAUGUCGCAGUGCAGUUUGAAGCUUGUCUUACUUCAACUGAGAAAUUACACGCCAUAGAACAAGAACUUAAAUAUCUCCUCAGUAACGUCGACGAGUUUUUGAAACGCCUCUCCUACAGAAACGUUAAUACAGAGAAACAGUGUUUCACUCGUGUUGUGCCAGCAUUCCUGAAGACGUCCCAGCCAUUUUUUAUCUACUUGGAGUCUACCGCCCGCAACAGAUCACCUGGCCGACCUUCAAUGUCCCAGGAGAUACGUGACAAGCUGUUGCAGUUCUCUCAGGAACUGUGCAGUCGCACAGAGCACCUGAUAUUAACUUAUGCAUCACAUGGUUACCUCACCCUGGACGAGAGUGAUCCACUCUGUCGUUCUCAUUUCCACAUUGGCAAGUGUGAGGUGGAGAACAUCGAGCUGUCAAUCUUCCGUUACUGUCAACCCACCCCACUGCUGACCCUGACCAGGACGGGACUGUACAAACGCAUUCGCUGGAAUGUGAGGCGAAAUCACAUGAUGCAGGCAGAGAGAGAAGAUGAAAACAACAGGACAGACGAUGUGGCACAAGAGAUGGAAGGAGAACAAGGUGCAAGCAAAGAGGGAGGAAACAAAGACAUCACUACAGAGUAUUACUACCUCUGCCAUGAGAACGUCAUCUUAGUGGAGGGAGAGACACUAGGAGAAGAGAAAGACAGAAAGCCAGGGGAGGAAACACUAUUGAUGUGGUCUGUAGGGAAAUGGGAACCGAUAUAUACAGACUCAGGCACUGAAGACAUCAGUGAAUGGGUACUGUGCGCGAUUCCUCAAGGUGAGUACAGCCCUCUGCUGUAUCUGGGCACGCAAGAGCCGUCACCCCGCGAUGCCACAGACUUGCUCCUGGAGAUGCUCCUGUCAGAGGCUGGAUCAGUGCAACACAAUCCCAUCCCACAAGAGUGA